UGUUAGUUAUGUUAGCUGAUUGUUAACUCUAUUAGCUGACUAUUAGCUGACUGUUAGCUAGCAAAAACUUACUUUCAUUUAACAGAGUUAACAAUCAGUUAAUAGAACUAUUCUGUUAGCUGACUAUUAGUUAAUUGUUAGCUGGCAAAAACCUAUUUUCAACUAACAGAGUUAACAGUCAAUUAACAGAAUUAACGAAAUAUUAUUAAAUGAGGGGCAUUUUCUUCAAUUCUAAUAGGUAAAGGGCCAAAAGUAGAUUUUUGCCUUACUUUGCAGGGUACCAAAUAUCCAUCUUGUUUGUAGAAUGGUUUUUGAGGCCAAGUCAACCUAACGUCAAAAUCAAAGUUUUUUCUCAAAGCUUAAGUUAUAUGAUUAAAAUGGGUAUAAUGCAGAACCAACAAUCCCUCUAUUGUCUCAAGGGGCUGCAACAAGCAGAAACUCCAACAACAGCAAAUAGAUAUGCUAUUUUUGCAUUGCUGCAAUAGAAAUGAUGGUCACAAUCUCUGUUCUUUAGAACUUUUUUUCUUGGUCAUGUGUUUCCCUGCCUCAUGUGUUCGUCUUUCUGAAGCAUUUAACACAUAGGCCUUUGCAUGCGUGUAAAAUUAUUGAAAAAGGUAACUAGAGCUUUAGUUUAAAUUAUUAUGUUGCUAUGUACUUUAUGAUAUUUUAAGGUUAUAUAUAUCAUGGUUUCUUUUGUUUUCCGGCAACAACCAGAUGCACAAUGUGUAUACAUACAUGAAAUUAUAUAUUGUGCUCAGUAGUGAAUUUGUUUGUGUUAGACUUGGGCUAUCUUUUGCCAGGAGUGCUAAGAUGUAGAGCUUAAAGUCAAAAAAGGCCAGCACAAAGUUGCCUGUUGGUUAGAUUAGCUUGAGGUUUGGCUGGUUAUGAUAUAUUCAUAAAUUGCAGCUUUGUCUUUGAUCAUUAAGAUGAAGCAUUGAAGCCUGAAGCUGGUAAGUUCUCCUUACGUGAAAGAAGGAAUUGCAUGUUUAUACUUUAUGUGGUAUUUGAGGUCUACUUGCAUGUUCCUUGGUCAACCCUAUGUGUGCAUUACCUUUAUGUACCCCUUAUAGCUAUAUAGGGACAGUUCCAUAAUACACUUUCGUAUGCUCAUCUGAUAAAAUUAUCAUUGCAUGAAGCAGCAGGUCUGUAGGCAUGUGGAGAGGGUAUAACUUAAUGCAUAGAAUCUGAAUCUUUACAAGACAAAUUAAUUCUCUUAUAAGACCAUCCAUUUGGUUUCAAAGUUCUAGCUUGCUUUUGUAACUUGAACAAGUGCAGUUAGGGUUUAAAAGAUUCUCUAUUUGUAUGCAUGCAUGUGCAGGCACACAAGUGUCUGUCUGCAUUCUGAUUUCUGAAAGAUAUGCCUGGUUCGUUAAAUUACAUGUUUGUUGCAUCUUUUAUAUGCUUCUCUGGCUUUCAGUCGCAGGAUUCUACCAGCAUGGCGGGGGGUUUGCCUUUUUGGCUGGCUAUGGCAUCCUUUCAGUGCAAUGAUGGAAGGAUUUUCAGUGCAAGGACUUAUGAAAGGAUUUUCAAGCAUAAUUGAGAUAGUCUUCACUGCAUGUUUCUUGUAAUUUCCUUUUGUACUGUAAUUGUUUUUUGGACCAACCUUUUGUACUGUGAUUCAAACAUCCAACAUACAAUGUAUUUUGCGUACAAACUCAUAUGCUGUGUACUAUGAAGUUGUGACAAAGACACCUUAGAUGCUUAAUGCGUCAAAAGCAUCUUGUCUAGGAUAAUUCUUCCAACUUGACAAGUAGCUUAUGGCUAUCUUUCCGAUUCCAACUCCACUUUAGUACUUUACUGAGACAGGAUUUGAUGUUCUUAAGCUGUCAUUUCUCUGAAGAGAGAUAUUAUGCCCACCAAAGCCUAACAUUAUGAAGAAUCCAUAUUAAGGCACAAGCAAUAUAAAAGCAGGCAAAAAACAAGAUUGCUGAGAAUCAGAAGAUCGUGAUACAGCCACACAGGGAAAGCAACCACAGGGUGAUGGUGCAAUUUCCAGGUAAUAACUUCAUUUCUUUGUUCUUCUAGCAACUUAUAAAAUGUAAUCUUUGCU